UAUCGAAAUAUGUCAAGUUUCAACGAACAAUAAAGGCCAAAAAGACCGGACCCAGAGAUAUGCAUUCUUUCAACGGGCUCGAGUUAAAGUGCUUUCAGACAAGGACGGCCUAUACGGGCCCCCGGGCCCAACAGAGAUAAAGCUCUCCCUUCUCUUGUGUACCGAGCGGUGAACGAAGAAAGCUAGUUUGCCAGUUAUGCAGCGAGCCAGCCUGAUGUAGGAGACCAGUACGAACAAAAUGUUAUGAAAAACACAGUGCUUCCAAAGACUUUUAGUGAAUUAAGUUAAUUUAUGUGAUCAAGUGGCCUUACGUUUCGUGUACGCGUGCAUUUUUAUUUGGAUUUACCCCCCUGGAACUCUCAAUUGGAUUACCGUUGUCACAGCGAAAAAGAAUUAAUUCAAGAUGACUGUUUUCGGUAUGGUGUCGGCUGUUGCCGGCCUCAUCAAAAUCAGAUAUCUGGUGGAUAAGGCUAUGAUCGAUAAUAUGGUCUUCAGAGCUCAUUAUAGGUUAACUUCGGCAAUUUUAUUUGUUUCCUGUAUAAUAGUAACUGCCAAUAAUUUAAUAGGAUAUCCAAUCCAAUGCAUACACGAUAGAGUAAACCACCCCCAUGUGAUAAAUACCUUCUGUUGGAUCACUUACACUUUCACUUUGCCACACGAACAAGGAAAAAUUGUAGGGUCUGAAGUGGCCCAUCCAGGAUUGGGUAAUGAGAAUCAGGAAAAAACCUACCACAGCUAUUACCAAUGGGUACCCUUUGUCCUCUUCUUCCAGGGAGUGAUGUUCUAUGUUCCCCACUGGAUUUGGAAGAAUUGGGAACAAGGAAAGGUUAGAAUGAUAACUGAGGGUCUCCGUGGAUCUUUCGUUGGUAACAGGGACGAAAGAGAGGGUCGUCAAAACAGACUUGUGCAAUACCUUAUUGAAACAAUGCAUUUACACAACAACUAUGCUUUCGGCUAUUUCUUCUGCGAAAUCUUGAAUUUCCUCAAUGUGAUAAUCAACAUAAUCAUGACAGACAAAUUCUUGGGUGGAGCCUUCUUGACAUAUGGAACCGACGUUAUCAAUUUCUCGAAUAUGGACCAAGAAAACCGUACGGAUCCCAUGGUUUCCAUAUUCCCCAGAGUAACUAAGUGUACAUUCACCAAAUUCGGUCCUUCAGGCUCGAUUCAGAAACAUGAUGCGCUUUGUGUGUUGGCUUUGAACAUUUUGAACGAGAAGAUCUACAUCUUCUUAUGGUUCUGGUUCAUCAUCAUUGCCAUCUUGUCUGGCUUGGCAAUUUGUUACUCGGCUGCUGUGGUUCUGCUACCAAAUACCAGAGAAACUAUAUUGAGGAGGAGAUUCAGAUUUGGAGCCCAUAAUGCUGUUGAUACCAUCAUCAGAAAGACACAGGUUGGUGACUUCCUUCUGAUUCACUUCCUUGGUCAGAACAUGAACUUGAUGGUAUUUGGAGAAAUCCUGGAAGAAUUGGUGAGAAGAUUGAAUUUUGGCAGUCAUAGCAACUUGCCGUCCGCCCCUAGCACACUGGAGAUGAGCCCUAUCUACCCCGAAAUCGAACAAUACGGCGAUUCAGGUUCAGAGGGUACAACUACUACGAUAUGGUAGAUAUUUUCUUCUAUGAAGUAACGCCACUGCCAUCCUAUAAUUUGUAUCUAGGAGAUUUUGAAAAUAAGGACUGUGAAAAACUCCCUUUGAAAUUUUGGGAACAUUUGAAACCCUUCUGAAUGUGAUUAUAUUUCGGGAUAUUUUGUAUAGACUUUUAAUAAGUGAAACAUGAAUAUGUAUUAUCACAAAAUAAGACUUUCGAUUAGAUUUAGGUUAAAGGUAAUAUAACUGUGCCUUAUACAUAUAUGAUAUUAUUUUUCUAUAAUUAAGAAGUAUUUUUCUAAUGUAAUAAAAUUAAAAUAACUA